GAGAGGGGGAGGAAAUCCUUUUUGGAAAGCAGUGGAUUUUACUCCAUGGUUUAAUUUUGUGCCAAGCGGAUGCUAACUCUUUUGUUGGGACACCCCUGAAAGCAGGUUAUUGCAAGAAGAAAGUGAAACUCAAGAUAUUUGGGUUUUGGUCUGCCUGAUCCGUACCCUGAGAAGCCAUGAUGGACAGUGAAAAGAAAGCCGACUCCGUGGAGGCAACCUGGUGCUUUACCUGGUUGCAAUAAAACAGAAGAACAUCAUGCUCCUCAGGUGCUUCUGGUUUGGUGGUCAUGAGGUUGAGUCAGUCCUACCUAAAUGCACAGAGACUUCAGUGCAUUAAUACGGUUUCCUGAAAGAGAGAAGAAGCAAGAGCAGCAAAGAACUCUUAGGUGGAAGGAGGAAACGGUUUGCCCAGGGCUGGAGGAAGACCCCAUCUCAGGGGUUCCCAUUGGGGCAUCAAGGAGAUAAAACAGGGACAGCAGGAUGACAGUAGUCAAGGAGCUCCUCCGGGCCAGAAAUCUGCUGCUGGUUGUCCUAAUCCCACUCUUGUUGCUUCCUUUGCCGCUCUUAUACCCCAGUAGCGAAGCCUCGUGUGCCUAUGUGCUGAUAGUGACAGCAGUGUACUGGGUUUCGGAGGCGGUGCCCCUAGGGGCAGCAGCCCUUGUUCCUGCUUUCCUCUAUCCACUAUUUGGAGUCAUGAAAUCCAGUGAGGUGGCUGGAGAAUACAUCAAGAACACAACCUUGCUUCUCAUGGGGGUCAUUUGUGUGGCAGCCUCUGUUGAAAAGUGGAACCUUCACAAACGGAUCGCCUUGCGCAUGGUUAUGAUGGCUGGAGCCAAACCAGGCAUGCUGCUCCUUUGCUUUAUGUGCUGCACAACUAUCUUGUCCAUGUGGCUGUCCAACACAUCCACCACAGCCAUGGUGAUGCCCAUUGUGGAAGCAGUGCUACAGGAGUUAGUGAAUGCCGAGGAAGACUGCGAGCUGAACGGUACCACAGGCAACACCAUCGUGGAAGAGCGGGAGACUAUAGGGUCGAGGAGCCUAUUGCCCACAGGCCAAACUUGGCCCACCAGGACUCCCCAUUUGGCACGCCAGGCUGUUUUGGGCAAUCCAUGCCCACCCGCUCACAACCUCAAAUGUGGGACAGGUCCCAGUGAAAAACACAGGCAAACAUCAUUGGAGCUCAUUUUCAUCAACAAGGAUGCUACAACUGCUGACUUCAGCUCUCUGGUGCAUUCCAAGAACAUGAAUGGAGUACACAUGAUUGCCAACACAAUUGGAACGGUGAGCUCCAAAACCAAUGGGCAGCAUUUGCCUCAGGCUCAGAUACUUGUUCUGCCGUCUCAGCCUCAAAAUUUGAACCUAAGUAGUAAACAUCAGUACCCAUCCAAGCAUGAUCACAUGGUCUGCAAGUGCCUCUCACUGAGCAUCUCCUAUGCGGCAACAAUUGGGGGGCUCACAACCCUCAUAGGCACCUCCAUUAACCUCAUCUUCCUAGAAUAUUUCAACAACCAUUAUCCGAAUGCAGAAGUGGUGAAUUUUGGAACCUGGUUCUUAUUCAGCUUACCCAUCUCCCUUAUCAUGUUGGUGCUGACCUGGUUCUGGAUGCAUUGGCUUUUCCUGGGUUGCAAUUUUAAAGAGACAUGUUCAAUAAGCAAGAAGAAGAAGACCAAAAGGGAAGAGAUGUCUGAAAAGAGAAUCCAAGAAGAAUAUGAGAAACUGGGAACUAUUAGCUAUCCAGAAUGGGUGACUGCAUUCUUUUUCAUCUUGAUGGCUUUGCUCUGGUUUACAAGGGAGCCUGGAUUUAUACCAGGCUGGUCAUCGUUCUUUGAAAAGAAAGGCUACCGGACUGAUGCCACUGUCUCUGUUUUCCUUGGGUUUCUCCUCUUCUUGAUUCCAGCAAAGAAGCCAUACUUUGGAAAGAAGGGGAAAGGAAAUGUUACAAAUUCUACCGAUGUUAACUCAGGAGGACCAAUAAUCACCUGGAAGGACUUUGAGAAAACAAUGCCCUGGGAGAUUGUAGUCCUGGUUGGAGGAGGUUAUGCUUUAGCAGCUGGAUGCGAGACCUCUGGCCUUUCUACAUGGAUUGGACGACAAAUGUCGUCCUUAAGUAGUCUCCCCUCUUGGGCUGUCAGUCUGCUAGUCUGCAUCCUGGUGUCCAUAGUCACGGAGUUUGUUAGUAAUCCAGCAACCAUAACCAUCUUUUUACCUAUUUUAUGCAGUAUGUCAGAAACCCUGCAAAUCAAUCCUCUGUACACUCUGAUCCCUGUCACCAUGUGCAUCUCUUUUGCGGUGAUGCUACCAGUGGGCAACCCCCCAAAUGCCAUUGUCUUUAAUUAUGGGCACUGUCAGAUCAAAGAUAUGAUCAAAGCUGGCUUUGGCGUCAAUCUGAUUGGUCUUGUGGUUGUAAUGGUGGCGAUUAAUACUUGGGGAAUUAGACUCUUCCAGUUGAACAAGUUUCCAGACUGGGCAGCAGCAGUCAGCAAUGCCACUGGUCCAUCAUAGUCAGCACUGGCAGAACUUGCUGAAUCAUGGCAAGUUGGAGCAACAUAUUUGCACAUCUGUUGAGAAAGCAAGACACUUGAGUGUAUAUUGUUCCAGUAACCAGAACUAAAUAAGAAGUAACUCUAUUGGAAAUUCUCCUGAGGAUCAUCAUGUCUCCACCAUCUAGCACUAAAGGAACAAACAGACACUUGCAUUACUCUUGUUAUCUUUCAGAGCCACAUUGGAAUGGAAUUGCUUUGAUUUCCCCCCACCCCCAGUCCUUUCCCAUAAUGUCUACAGAAAAUCUGUUUUUGCUCUACAGAACACUCAGCUAAUCUUUCUUCUUUACUUGAUCGGGUGGGUAUAUGUAAUACACAGUGGCAACAAUCCUAACAUUUAAAAUGUUGUUUUAAAAGCUGUAUCUACUUGUGUGUAUAUAGAGAGCAUUUUAUUUUUUAAAAAAAGACAAAGUAGAAAGUUGUAUGUGGAGUUGUUUACUUUAUAAUGUGGAGGAACCAUUUGAUUAGCCAGUUGCUCUGGGUAAGAGGGAUAUCUGCACAGCAGCCCUAUGGU